AUGAAGCGACAGUCUGAAUCAAAUUUCGUUAAAGAAAAGUACUUUUUUUAGGAUAGGGACACUAUCGAAGAUCCCUUGGCAAAUAGUAUUGACGAAUAUCUUAAGGGGUCCAAUAAAAGAAUCUAUGGUUUCGCCUUAGUGAGCUUUGUUUUCCUGUUGCUUUUAAUUCCACCCAUCAUCUUAGAACCAAAUCUGCUGGAACUCAUUGUUUUACCAUAAAAGGGAGUAACAUUUGUCGUCACCAAAAACCUGAAUGCUCCAAUCACUUUCGAGAUUAUCUCUGCUCAGUCUUACUCUAUAUAGAAUGUUCAACUUUAUUUAGAUGGCAAUGCAAUUGAACAAUUUACAAUAUAUUAAGAAUUGAUAUCAAACUCAACACAUACAAUCACUAGCAAUAAAUCCUUUUAAUUGAGUAUUAAUUUAAUGAUCUUAGCAGUUAGAUUAAUAUCCUAGUUUACAUAUAUUCCUGAAUCCUACCUUAUUAUCUAAAUAGUUAUGUUCGUUUUAUCUUUCCUUUAUUUAAUUUAAGAACUCUUACGAAAAAAGAAAUUUUGA